CACUCACUCGACUACAACGCACCGUCCAACGGGGCAGAGAUGGCGAGCGGUUAUGGAGGAAACGAUUACUACUACACAAUGGACACCGACGAUGUGGAAUCCUCGAGCAGUAGCACGAUGUCGAGCUUGAACAGUUUAUUUUCGUUCACCAGCCCAGCGGUGAAGAAGCUGCUCGGCUGGAAGCAGGGCGACGAAGAGGAGAAAUGGGCCGAGAAGGCGGUCGACAGUUUGGUGAAAAAGCUGAAGAAACGCAAAGGUUCCAUCGAAGAGCUGGAACGGGCCCUUUCCUGUCCCGGUCAGCCCUCGAAGUGCGUCACUAUCCCGCGGUCACUGGACGGUCGACUACAGGUGUCACACCGGAAAGGCUUGCCGCAUGUCAUCUACUGUCGUGUGUGGCGCUGGCCCGAUCUGCAAAGCCAUCACGAGCUGAAGCCGCUCGAAUCGUGCCAGUAUCCGUUCAGUGCGAAACAAAAGGAUGUGUGCAUUAAUCCGUACCACUACAAGCGUGUCGAAAGUCCGGUCCUACCGCCGGUGCUGGUACCGCGUCAUUCCGAGUUUGCGCCAGGCCACUCUCUGCUACCAUUCCACCAAAUGAACGAACCGAAUAUGCCGCACAACGUCAACUACUCGAGCACGGGCUUCAACAAUUCGCAUCUGGGAGGUGGCGGUGCUGGCGGUGCCGGUAGUGGCGGCAGCGUCGGUGGCGGCGGAGGAGGUGGUAAUGGAACCGGUGGCAACGGUGGCGGCGGUGGUGCGGGGCCGAAUUCACCCAUCUCUUCGCACAUGGGACCAAACAGUCCCAUGUCGUCGGUGUCGAGCCCGGGGCCAAUCAAUUCCAAUCCUCAGAGCCCGUACGGAGCGUUGCCGGAAACUCCACCGCCAGCUUACAGUCCACCGGAGGAGGGAAACACGGGCAACCAAGACGGAAACCAGAUGGACACCUCGAAUCAGAUACAUGGCGAGGUGGCUCCCAUAAGCUAUCAGGAACAACCCUACUGGGCGAGUAUAGCGUACUACGAGCUGAAUUGUCGCGUCGGCGAAGUGUUUCAUUGCACCAACACAUCCAUCGUCGUGGACGGAUUUACAAAUCCGUCCAACAACUCGGACCGCUUCUGCCUCGGACAGCUGAGCAACGUGAAUCGAAACAGUACGAUCGAGAACACGCGACGCCAUAUCGGAAAGGGUGUGCACCUUUACUACGUUGGCGGUGUAGUGUACGCGGAGUGUCUAUCCGAUUCGGCUAUUUUCGUGCAGAGCCGCAAUUGCAACCAUCACCAUGGGUUUCAUCCGAGCACGGUGUGCAAGAUACCGCCCGGAUGUUCGCUGAAGGUCUUCAAUAAUCAAGAAUUUGCUCAGCUACUCUCCCAGUCGGUCAACCAUGGUUUCGAGGCGGUGUACGAGCUGACAAAAAUGUGCACGAUACGGUUGAGUUUCGUGAAGGGUUGGGGUGCGGAGUAUCACCGACAGGACGUCACCUCGACACCGUGCUGGAUCGAGAUUCACCUUCACGGACCACUCCAGUGGCUGGAUAAGGUUCUGAUGCAGAUGGGUUCGCCUCACAAUGCGAUCAGCUCAGUAUCGUAAAAGAAAGGAUUAAGGGGACGAUUCUCUUGCACGGACGGUCAGGACGAGAGACAGUUGCUUCACGUUGUAUCGCUCGUACUCGGGAAAGGGACGUGUGACUGUGCAUAGAAAGCUGAUUGAAACCGAAUCGGAUAUUAUCAUUCUUACAGAUUUCAAUUGUAAACGAUCCUCCGCGAAUACUGUUCUGUUCACGGGCGAAUAUAAGGAGAAUGCGUAAGGAGCAGUUGGGAGCAAAACGAACAUGCGCAAAUGCUUCCCAACAUAAACUCUUUUUCCACCCUGUGCUGUGCUCCGCUUCGCACCAUAGGAACCUUACUGCGCGAUAAACAGUGGUUGAUUACGUAUCAAACUUUUUUUUAAAUAUUGAUAAGCUACUGACACUAUAGGUGUAUGAGUAUAUUUGUCUACACGGACUAGCAUUAGGAUGUAUUGAGUUGUUUUUGCUUAGUUGCUUUAGUUUUAUAACCGAGCUAAUUUACAGCAACCCGGGUUGUAAUACUAUUGGACGAAGGGAUCUAGCGAACAAUCUGGGCCAUUUUAAGUAAUACAGAGAAAAAUCGUCUUCUCCACCUAUUGUUUUAAAAUUGUUGUUCGUCUGUUUAUGAACUGCUGCGUCCUUGGCAGUGAGCAUUGAUACUGUACAAAAGGAGUGUACUUGUUGACUAAUUCAACUCAAUAGUUCCUCAAGUAAUCAAUGCAGCCAUUCUUUACAAACCGUUUCGAUUAAAAAUGAGGAAACAAACGAAACUACUGGCCCGAAAAUGUGUGCAACAAGUGACAUUUGUGCAAUGCAGAUGCUUUACAAGUGUAUAGCAAACCAGAUAUGUAUGGAAUAGAAAGAGAUCCAUUGUAGGUUCUAAACUUUUGUGAUUUUUUCGAUGCCAUCAGCAAACUAUGUUGUAAAAGCUACAAUUGAAAGAAGCUAAGAGCAACAAAUGUAAUUUCGAAUUGACUUCCUUUUACAAUCGCACUUUGACCAGGAAAGUUUACGUGUUUUGUUCUUCAUUCUAUUUUGCUAUUUACGCCGUACAUUUAUCUUUAAGUUGAUUUAAAUUGUGUAGUUUUAUGCAGAUAAUGAACAUUUUGUUAAGCAAUAUUAAGAUGUGUUUAGUAGGUUUAGUUCAUGCAAUAUUGUUUAGGUUCAGCCUAUCGAAGUGACGUCAUAUUUUGGAAUGCUAUUUACGUGCUUUUCUUCCAUGGUAACCGGAUAGAGUAGAGUAAAUGCUCUUCGCCAAAUUACCAAUUUCGUGCUUUGCUGGACAGAAAAGAGCAUGGUCCCCGAGUACAUAGAAAAGCGUAAAAAUUUGCCUUCAGAUAAUUAUAUUCAGUAUUUCCCGUUUUAUGAUUACGAAUGUCAAAGACGAAAGUUUUAUGUGGUUUAGAACAAGCUUGCUGGAUAAGUAUGAAACAAAACCAAGAAAAACGAUACUUGGAACACGAUACUAAUGUGCGCUGAGGCCUUAUUCCGAAUGUGAACGCCUUCAAAGCUGCGAUUGAAAACGCAGCAUCACUUCGGAUAAAGUUUUUUGAAAUAUUGCUACUGUGGCCAAUACUUGUUUUUCGAUAAACUGAAACGCAGGUUCAAAAGCCUAAUCCACUUUUGCCUUCAUAUUAAAAGCACUCAGCUACAUCAAUUGCCUUAGUAAUAUGACUUUUCUGAACGGUUGCUAUAACAACGCAGAGUGCCUCGUUAAGAAUUCACAAGAACAAACCUUUGCUCGAAAGUUCGAAUCAAGCUCGUUCAAGUUUUUGUCAAGUAAAAAUGACACGCUACACCUUUUGCGAUGGAAUGACAGCAGCAACUUCGACGUCGAAACUUGAAAAAAGAAUGUGCUUUAUUAUCUUUGAAAGUAAGCUUUACUGUAAUUGCACGGUUACAAAACUGUGCCUUAUUUUAAAGGAUAGAAAAUAUAGCAAAAGUAAACCCAACCGUCUGUAUGCAUGCGAUUCAUUAAUGCGCUUGAUGAAUGCUCUAACGUUUGCACAUCACGAUUGUUUUGUAAAAUCCGUGCUUCAAGAGAUCUACAAUAGCGUAACAAGAGCGAGCAGUCGAUAGGAAUAGAUAUCUGUAGUAUUUGUACCGAUGUUUUUUUCGGAUUAGCACUACGGUCUCGUUUCACUUUACUGUAGCAAAAUUGUUUCCCUUCGUGUGUUUGUGUGCCUUGGAGUGUAUUUGCGAACUGUGUGUUGAUGUGUUGUGCAUGUGCAUAAAAGAGAAAUAAGAGUUUAUUGUCUUUUAAUUGUAGAACGAUGAAAAAUAACAAGCAAAACAAUCAAAUACAUGCAGAAUGUGGGAUAAAGAACAGCAAGAUAAACGACGACCGAAUCAAAGCAGUAUAAAUGACGAUGAAGCAGAAAAUAUAUACAAAAACAUUAAUUGCGCUCGAGGGAAGCUCAGUUAUGCAUUCGUCAUGUGGUCCACGAAUUCUAUUACGGUGAAGUGCAGAUAAAAAAAUUAAAUGAUAAAACUAACUGAAUGUUAAACUCUAUUUUGCUCACUUAGAAUAAAAUAUCUUCAAAUGAGGCUGCGGUGUGGUUGCUCGUUUGAGGAAUGAGACAUAUUUUUAGAAGUAGUACACUGCAGAAUGUAACUCAAAAGGUUAAAUAAUAGGCUCGGUUGGCAUGAUAAGUAGACAAGGGCUAAAGAGUAAAAAACAAAACAUCUAUGUAAAACACGCAGCACAGACUUGCAGACAUACAUAUAAACACUUUAACAUUGCCGUUAGAUUAAAGAAAAUAGCUACAGAACCACUUGUUGGGCACCAGACGGAAAAAUAGAGCGAAUAAAAAACGACGGGAUCCGAUGACGAAAACAGAUUUAUAAAGACAAUUCACUUCUCAAAAGCUUUUCUCGAAGCCUCGCCAGCGAUGUUGAUUACUGAUUUGCCAGAGUAAAUUGGGCAUUUUAUGAUUCGAAUCCUGUUUUGCUUUCACGGGAAACUUUCACAAUGCCAUAAAACAGAAAUCACAUACUAUGAAUGAAGUUAUCAUGCAAACAAAAUCGGCGAACGAACAGGAGAAUGGUGCAACAAAACCAGCAAUAGGCAUAAAUCUAGUGGCAACUACAAAUCAGCCAUGCGAACGAAUAAAUGAGAAAAACCAGCCUCAAAAGAAGAGUUCUUUUAACUUAAGAAUAAUCAAGGCUGACGUUCACAAAAAAACUCGCCGAAAGCGCUCUCCUUUAUCAUCAUAUUAAAUCAAGAUAGAAGACUCAAUCUAACUCGUUGCAGUUAGCACGUUCGUAAGUUCGACAUUUGAUAGGCGCCUAGCCUGCAGUAGAACAAAUCAUCGAUAUGACUUUCAUUCGAACCGGUGUAUUCCACAGAUUCACCAAGCAAUCCAUUCGCACCCUAUAUACGCAAUACUGCCCGUUCUUUCUUACGUAAUGAUAUGGCAAGCCGUAAAUAAUUGAGGUGGAAAGUGAAGGUUAUGUACUAAUUUCCUUUCGCUACCUAAGCUAUAUUCUUACUAUCACGGUGCCAUGAUGCAGUGGACAAGAGAAGAAGAAGAUAUGCCGGUUUACAUCCUCCACCUUACACGUGCAUCCCGUUGAUCUCAAGAAACAUGGAAAUUUAUUAUGUUUUUCUAAGGCCAUCCAGGGCCAGCUGUUUGUAACAGGAGUAUCUAGUUACAGACAACUGAGUUUGUUUUCGAACAGUCGAUCACACUUGUCAGAGCGUUUAGAACUAGACAUCCCUUUUAUUCGACGAUAUCUUCCACUGCAAGACUUUCGUCGGAAUAAAUGUAUAAUUAAGAAACUCUCUCGCCGUACGCCUACGACAAAUGGCCAUGAGGCACGCGACAGAAUGCUCAUCUCCCAUCAAUCAUUCGUAUGUUCCAGCUCCAUUUAGAUUUUAUAAUCAGCAAAUGAUGGUAAAAUAUAAAAAUUUUGUUUGUACACUGUGGCAUAUGGAUCACCACCAUCCCGCGAAUUGAGAAGCGUUAAGGAAUAGAAAGAUUAUCGUUACAAACAAAACUAUGCUACCACAGCCUCGGGGCCUGAUGUAGUAUGAUUUAUGUUUAGUUAAGUUCUCGUCUCACUGGCAGGCUAGGUUCUUGGAGUGCGAAAUAUCAAUAAGAAAAACUGAUACAAAGUGGGACAGAGUAAACGAAAACAGAAGAAAUAUCGAAAAAUAAACCACAUGUGCGCGCGCUCGUAUGCUAAGAAUGAAAUAAAUAAAAUC